AUGAGUGCCAGAAACAGAUCCUGCUCCUCUUCUUUCAUCCAAGCAUGCAGCUCGUCCUCUUUUACCAGGCAACCACCUCGUGUGUUGAUAGUGGAUGCCUCACCACCCUGGUGGUCAGAGACAUGCUCUGUUUUUUGUCAGGCCCUGGAAAAUUUCUUUUUUUUGACCAGCAGUCUGGCUGGGCCCGUUCGUCUACCCCUUCUUAGUGUCUUUGCCAUCAAUGUACAGCUAGAGUGCCUUCUGCCCUUUGUGCAUGUUAAGGGGAAUUUGACACGCCUGCUCUCCUGUGUAGAAGAGCUGCGUUCUCUUCCUCAGGAGGGCUGCAUUCGGCAGCGGGGGGCACUCCUUAAACAGGCAGUGCUGGACAGCCUGCAGCAGUUUAAACAAUACAUGUGUCAUACAACUCUUGGGGACAUCAACAGCAACUGUGUGGAGGUGACUGUAGUGACUUGUCAGCCAGGCCAGACAGUCCUGAGACAGCUGGAGCAGGGCCUGAAAAACUCUGAUCUAAUGAGCCUGCGCAAGCUUCUGGUGAUUCACAUUACCCUCCAGCAUAGUCUCUCAGACAGAUCUCCAGCCUGUAGCCCAGAGGCACCAUCUUCAGAAGAUCACAAAGACCAUGAAGAGAGCCUGAUGUUGGGGACAGAGAUGGACCUACAGCAAGUGGAGGGCACAGUUGUGGCUGUGGAGAGUGCUCUGAAAAUGUGGCUACAUAACCAGGGUGGAGACAGGGAACAUGUCCACUUGUUGUUACCCCCUUCUCUCACAGCACAGAGUUCUACACCAAACCCUGCCAAUAACAGGCCAAGCCCUGUCUGUUUGAAGUGUGACAUGCAGGAGAGACUUCUUAGCCCAGCCCUGCUUCCCAGCACUCCUGACCUUGGAGUGAAGACUGAGAGUAUACAAGAUUUCCAGCCCCUGAACAAGAGCCUGACCAAUCAGAGCCCCUCACCACAGUGUCUACGAGUUGUGAAAGUUCUCUAUGCCGACGGAGUGUGUCAGUCUGUGCUGUAUGGACUACCCUUUGUCAUCAGACCAACCUCUUGCUGGCAGCUAGACUGGGAUGAGAUGGAAACAAACCACCAGACCUUUCAUGCUCUCUGCCACACACUCAGAACCCGUGACUGGUUCCUGUUGGCACGCUCGGAGCCAAAGUCGGGCUUGGGCUCUAGUGUGUUCUCUUACUAUAUACUUCAGUCCUCUGGAUCACUCACUCUGCUUUUGAAACCUGUGCUGACACGAGAACUUAUGCUGCCCUGCACUCUGCCUGUUGUAAUUGAGGAGCCCCCACUCCAAGCACUAUGCAAUAUAGAGGGUCGGCAGUCUCAUAGUCGUGUACGGGCUACAGUGGCUCCUCUCCCUUCCAUUCCUCUAAACAAGAUGUACCGUCCCUCACUAACCCUCAGCCACUCCCGAGCCAGUGCCCCUGCCCUCUGUUUCCAGGACAACUAUAAUGAGGAAGACCAUCUGAUGGUUCAGAGACAGUAA